AAAUCCACCCAGAACCAUCAUAAUGGGCAGCAUCGACACCCUCCCCCCAACCAGCAUCCCAACAGUGGACAUAAGUCCCUGGCUCGACGAAAAUGCCCCCAAGCCGCCAAAGACGCAGUCGUAACCGCCAUGCGCGACGCAUGCACAACCUUUGGUUUCUUCUACCUCGUCGGCCACGGCAUCCCCGAAGAAGACCGCCAAUCCGUCCUCGAGUGCACCCGCCGCUACUUCGCCCUUCCAACGGAGGCCAAAAUGGAUACCUGGAUCGGCAAGGCCAUGGGCAGGUCGUUCCGAGGCUAUGAGCCGCCCGCUCUGCAGGUGCACCAGGAGGGUCUAUUGCCGGAUACCAAAGAGGGCUUCAUUAUCGGCCGCGAGACACCAGCAGACGCACCAGAGGCCGGAACCUUCCAUACAGGACCGAACCAGUGGCCGAAGGGUCUGAGCGACGAGGAAUUCCGCAUCCCAAUCAUGAAGUACCACGCCAAGAUGAUUGACAUGGUAAAGGUCAUUGUGAAGAUCCUCGCGCGCGGUCUUCCAGCAGAGUGGAACUGUCCACCGGAUGUAUUUGACGAGUUAACGGUGAACCCGUCUGCGCCGUUGCGGUUGCUCCACUAUGCUCCUCAGGCUGAGAAGCGGGAGAAUCAAUUUGGAGUGGGCGAACACACGGACUUUGGCAACGUCUCGGUCCUGCUUCAAGAGGAAGGUACGGAGGGAUUGGAGGUUUUGUAUCCUCCUACUCAGACUUGGGUGCCGGUGCCGGUGAAGGCAAACUCCUAUGUUAUCAAUAUGGGGGAUAUGAUGCAGAAGUGGACGGUUGGGUACUAUCGCAGUGCGCUUCACCGGGUUGUUAAUUCGAGUACCAAGGCGAGGUAUAGUGCACCGUUCUUUAUGAACGGGAAUUUGGACUUGGAGUGUCAUGCCUUGGAUGGGUCUGGAGAGGUGACUGUUAUUGGAGAGCAUAUCCGGCGCAGGUUGAUGGAGACUAUUGGGGGUGAAGCCGGGAAGAAGUUGGCUUCUUGA